CCCCGACCGUCCACUAACCCGCGCUAACUAACCCGCACUAACUAACCCGCACUAACUAACCCGCACUAACUAACCAGUCGGUCCACGGGCGACUCGAGCUACACACGGGAGCUAACGGCUAACGGCUAACGGCUGUCUGACGGUGACCAGCUCCCGGUUCUGUCACGGAUCGUAACCGGGUUAGCUGCUAACAGGUGGAUUUGACCGAGGGGAGUGUCAGUAAAGUUGUGUUAUGAUGGAGGAGCUUCACGACGUCCAGCUGACGGAGAUCAAACCCCUCCUGACAGCACAGAACGGGAGAGAUCUCCAGGACUUUGACUGUCAGGAGCACGAUGUGGAGACGGCCCACGGCGUGCUGCACGUCACCAUGAGGGGAGUUGCUAAGGGCAACCGACCCACAAUCCUCACCUACCAUGACAUCGGACUUAACCAUAAGUCUUGUUUCAACAGCCUGUUUAACUACGAGGACAUGCUGGAAGUGACUCAGCAUUUCUCAGUUCUGCAUGUAGAUGCUCCAGGACAGCAGGAGAAUGCUCCCAUAUUCCCCACCGGGUACCAGUACCCCACCAUGGAUGAGCUGGCUGAGAUGCUGCCAUCUGUCCUCACACAGCUUCAGGUGAAGAGUGUGAUCGGUAUCGGGGUUGGAGCCGGAGCUUACGUUCUCACCAAACUGGCCCUGAAUGAGCCAAGUCUGGUGGAGAGUUUAGUUCUGAUCGACAUUGACCCCUGUGCUAAAGGCUGGAUGGACUGGGCUGCCUCUAAGCUGAGCGGCUGGACCAGCAACCUGGUGGACAUCAUCAUGGGACACCACUUCAGCACCGAAGAGUUAACGGAGAAUAAGGAGAUCAUCCAGACCUACAGACUGCACAUCUCUCAGGAUAUACCACAGGACAACCUGGUCAUGUUCUACAGCAGCUACGACAGUCGUACUGAGUUGCAGAUGGAGCGGCCGGUCGUGGGUCUGAAUGAAAACACAGUCAUCACACUCAGGUGUCCUGCUCUGCUGGUGGUUGGAGACACGUCGCCUGCUGUUGAUGCCGUGGUGGAGUGUAACUCCCGACUGAACCCGACGAAGACCACCCUGCUCAAGAUGGCCGACUGUGGAGGACUCCCCCAGGUGGUGCAGCCCGGGAAACUAGCAGAGGCCUUCAAGUACUUUGUGCAGGGGAUGGGCUACAUGCCCACAGCUGGGAUGACCCGGCUGGUUCGCUCCAGGACUCACUCGGCCUCCAGCGUCGGCUCGGCAGACGGCGUCCGGAGCCGCACGAGCACCAACGCCCUUCCAGAGGGAGUCGACUCCUCCAGCUCCGAGCUCACGGUGCCGCACGCCAUCGAGAUGGCGUCGUAGGACUGUUCUCUCCAUCUCUACUCCUCCAUGCUUCUCCUCCUCCUGUUCCCUGAACGCAACAGUUCGGCUGUUUUAGUUGUAAACGUUCCUUCUAAAAAGGAAAAAGGUCAAACGUGCUUUAUCGGCUCCAGAUUUCCUCCCCAUGAGUUCAUGGAGUUUAGAUCUGAUGCCAGUCAGCAGCAGCCAUGUUGACUCUGUUGUCAUGUCGUCUUUAGAAUGCUGAUGCGGUUGCCAUGGUGAUUCUGUAGAUGUUCCCGUACAUGGAGUUCCGCCGGCUCUGAUUUAUAUUCAGUUGUGUUGUGUUUGUUGAAGUGGUUUCCUCCGGUCAGAUGUUCACUUUGACUCUUUUCUUCCUUUAGUUUGGUUUCAUUCUUACGAUUGUGUUAUUUAGUGAUGAGUGAUGUUAGUGAAGCUCGUCUUUUCUCUCAGUGACUCAGAGCUUCUGCUCUUCUUCAGGCAGGUGAGACUCUUCCUGUAACAGAGGAUCUGACGUCGGACUGAAUGAAACUCAUUUAGAGCGUUUGCUGUUCUGCUGCUGUUUCCGUCAUGGUGACCUCUGACCUCUCUAUUAUACAUUAUCUUUAUUAUUGGCUGCAGCUCCUGCUCGUCGGCAGCAUGCUCGUCGUUGACUUGUGGCAUGACAACUGUUCAGUGGUCCAGUGAGUGGUGUUGUUCAGCUGGGGCAGAGGGGGGGGGGUUCUACAUUGUGUCUCUGGACUGAGGAGGUUCAUCUGACCUGAAAACCACCAAACUAAACCUCUCACGAGCGUUUCCCUGGACAGUGAUGACAUGUUGAUUCGUGGUUAUCGUACGGACGGAGCUAGGUGGCGCUGCAGCAGUCGUUCGGCUCCAGGGACGUUUUGUGAUGAAUUUGCACUUUGAAGGAGAAGGUUCAGGUUUGUUAGGAAUCAAACGUGUGAAUGAAACGACGACAGGUUUCCAGGUUUAAAGUCGACCCACAAACCGUUUUCCUGCAGAUGAGGAAGUGUUUAAUUAUUUUAUUCUAUUUAUUCUCACUGUAACUCUAACGUUUGUUACUGUUCAAUAUUUAAUACAAAUAUUUCUUUAUGGAUUUGAACACCAGUAGCUGUUGUUAAACUGAGGUUUGUACUUAAUAGAUGUUUCAUGUAAACAAGCUUUGUACUGACAAAUAAAGUUUGUGAUCAAUAAAGACAGAACGAGUUUUCAGAUC